CAGAGCUCUGAGGCUGCGUGUCUGUCAAAUUCCAAUGGCGAUGACCCACGAGUGGAAACACAGUAAAAACUUCAUGCUCACCAUGAAUGUUAAGAAAGAAGAACUCUCUGACCCUGAGUAUGUUCCACAAGAAAAUGAAGAAGAAGAAGAAGAGGAAGACUAUUUGAGUGUUUCCCAGUUUUCUCUCCGCAGCCGCCGAAGAACCCAUCAUUCUUCCCUUUCGGUAAAGCAGAGGGAGCCAUGGAAGACCAAGAAAAAUGUGCUCAACACUCGGAGAAGUCCUUUAAGUCCGACCCAUAUGACCAAGCGAAAAGUUCCUGGGGAUCCUCGGAAGCAUGGAGGCACCCAAGUUGAGGAGAUCCAGGCAAUUCUUGGAGCUGAAUACCCCAUCGUUGUUAAGUCUAUGAUACAUUCAAAUGUUUCCUCUUGGAAUUGUCUGACACUGCCGAAGCAAUUCUGCCAUUUGCAUUUACCAUUGCAUAAUACAACAUUAACCCUGGAAGUCGAAAGUGGGGAAAAAUAUAGAAUUAUUUUUCUUGCCGGAAAGAGGAUACUAAGUGCUGGAUGGAAAAAGUUUUGUACUGCACACAAGUUACGAGUUGGUGAUCUCUUAGUUUUACGUUUGGUCAGGCCUUUGAAGUUUAAGGUGUACAUAAUGGGAAGACAUAAUCUAGCUGAAGUAGAUGCAGCUUUUAGCCUCUUGAAAUUGAAUGCCUGCGCCAAACAUGAAGUGCUUGAGGAAAACCAUCCAAAGCCUCUUUCAAGUGAUGUUUGCCAAGGCAACAUUCGAAAGACAAGUCUGAUGUUAGAUACUAAGCCUGAGCUUAUUGAUAAUCAAACUGAGGAAGACAAUGAGGAAUUUGGCUCCAAAUUUCCAGGAGGCAUUAGAUAUCCAGUACCAGCAGCUGAUUUCGAAGAUGUUAGAAGUAUUGAGAAUUUCACCAUUCUUGUGAAUGGUGUGACUAUAGAUUCUUGGCUUUCCAAACAGCUCAGGACUAACUAUUACGAUCUAUGCUGCUCACGAGGUUCAUUUCUGCAUGAUCAUCUCCUCAAAAGUAUUAACAGUAAGUUGGCUGCUGAAAUAAUAACUGAAACUACUAACAUUGCUAAUGCCAUUAGAGCUCGCAAGCUGUCCGCCUCUCAUACUGAUUACGAAAUGUGGGAGAAGACUUUAAAUGCCUUUGAGCUGUUGGGUAUGGAUGUUGGAUUCUUAAAUGCACGACUGGAGCAGCUUCUGAGUCCCUCCUUCAGAUCAGAAGAGGCUGUGGAAUUAACGAGGAUAGAAGCUAAAGUUGAGCAAAUUUGUGCAGGGGGGAGAUGAGAGCUCUUGACUAAAGGCUUUUGGAAUUGAAAGAGAUGAUGUUAAGUUUUGAUGCCAAGAUAGAGGCUUUAAAAGAAAUUUACGAAAGGCUUGAGUUUA